AUGCCACGAAGAAGAUGUUCUUCACCAAUAAAUACUACCGCUAAUAAUGUUAUUACUAAUAAUCACAGUAAUAAUAAUCAUGGUAGAACAAUAAAUACAUCGUCAAGUCAUCAUCAUCAUCAUCAUUCAACACAUAAUAAUUUAAGAUAUCGUGGAGGAAGAACAAGCAAUGGAAUUUCACCUAGUCGUAAUCGACUUUUAGAUACAUCACAAGAAACACAAGAUUGUCAUGUAUCCUCUACAACUACUAAUCUAAUGCAAGAAAUUCAAAGUUUUCCAAUUGUUACCACAUUACAACUUCAACAGAAUGAUCCAGAACUAGAAGCUGACAAAAAGUUCAUUAUGAGUCAUCCACUUUAUCCUUUAUUGGCUUUAUUAUUACAACAAUGUGAAUUGGCUACAGCUAGACCUGAUUCACCGCCUCCAUUAGAUACUUUUAAUACAGAAUUAAUUUCAUACAUUCAACGUCGAAUAGAAUUACAACAACAACAACAACCAGAAAGAGAUCAUAAUGAUGAAGAUGAAAUGAAUGAAUUAAAAUCGAAUUCAUUAAAAUUAAAUCGUGAAAAAUUAAAUAAAAAUAAUGAAAAAUAUAAAAGUACAGAAGAUAUAAUCAAUAUGAAUGAUAAUAGUAAUACUGUAAAAACUACUAUUUCUUCGAAAUAUAAUACAAAUCACUCAUUAACUAAUCAAAUUUCAACAACUACUAUAACAAAUACAAUAACACAAACUACUAAUGCUAUCUCAUCUAUCAAUACUACUAAUAAAACUAAUUCAGUAGCAAAUGUACGAAAUAUUAGUGAUUGUUUUUUAUCUAAUAAUAAUAAUGUAAAUAAUGAUAUAUCUACAAAUUUUGUAUAUAAUAAUAAUAAUGAUAAUAGAAAUCGUAAAUCAUUAAGAUGUGAUAAAUCAAUGGAUCAUAAAAAUAAUUCAAGUUACGUAACAAAUAAUGAUGUUGAUGAUCCUGAUACUGAUGAUGAAUUAAGAAAAUUGAAUUGUACAUUUAAUGAUGAAAGAAGAUUUCAAUUUUUAAGUAAUAAUACUGAAUUAAAUGAAUUAAUCGUCAAAGCUAUACAAGUAUUACGAAUACAUUUAUUGGAAUUACAUAAAGUAAAUGAAUUAUGUAAAGAUUUCUGUUCCCGGUAUAUUUACAGUUUAAAAUCAAAAUUUCAAUCAGAUCCACUUAUUCAUGGUAAGUAA